GCUCCAGCAUUUAACACCAAACACAUUUCAAGUAAUUAUUCAGCCACCUAUCGACACAGAAAUAUCUGAAUGUUGAAUGCGGAACGUUUGUCUGGACUGACAGAAGACUCCUGUGACCUGCUUUAGAACAUUUCUGCGUGUCUGACGGACAGAAGCAUGGUUGACAACUCCAGUAUAGCGACCAAAUCUGCUUUGCAAGGCUCUUUCUCGUCCGCCAGCAGCCUUCCACUCCAGGCUCCCUCCGCCUCCUCCCACAGCCCGUUCCCCGGAGCACAGUCCCACCAGCCGGCCAGCGGCGGCAUGAAGCUUGAGGCGGUCAUGGAGAACCUGCAGCGGCAACAGGCGGCACGACUAGCCCUGGAGGAGAAGCUCCGCAAGGCAGAGAAAGAGAAGGACCUGCGCUCCAUGGUAGAGUCCCAGAUUCAUCAGCAGGCUCUGGCUUUCCACCACUACCAGGCGGCGAUGCGCGGCGCCCUGGCAGCUCCUGUCGGAGUAGGCAGCUCGUCCCCCGGGGUGACACUUCCUCACUUUACCGUCCGCAGAUCCGAGGAGGACGGGAGCUCCAAACUGGGCAACGACUUUAAGGAGCGGGACGAGGAGGGAGAUGACGAUGAAGACCAGGAUAUCAUGGAUGAAGAGGAGGAGGAAGGGGGCGAUGUCGGGUCAAACCACUUCCAGUACCGGCAGUCUUCGCUCCAGGGAGCUUGUCUGUCUCCGAAGAGCGCCACGAUGCAUCUCUUGGCCAAAGUCCCGGCGGCCUUCACUCCGGCCCGCCGCGCAGAGUCUCCCUCGGCGCAGCCCCAGUCCCAGCACCACGAGUGGACCUACGAGGAGCAGUUCAAACAGUUGUAUGAAUUGGACGAUGACCAAAAGCGUAAAGAGUUUCUUGAUGAUCUUUUCAGCUUCAUGCAGAAACGGGGGACUCCAGUGAAUCGGAUUCCUAUCAUGGCCAAGCAGGUGUUGGAUCUCUACAUGCUCUACAAGCUUGUCACAGAAAAAGGCGGCUUAGUGGAAGUCAUCAAUAAAAAAAUAUGGCGUGAGAUCACCAAAGGCCUUAACCUCCCUACCUCUAUUACCAGUGCAGCUUUCACUCUCCGAACACAAUAUAUGAAGUACCUCUACCCAUAUGAAUGUGAAAAGCGGGGACUGAGCUCCCCUGGAGAGCUUCAGGCAGCUAUCGACAGCAACCGACGGGAAGGCCGUAGGCAGAGCUACGGCUCUGCCAUCUUCAACUACUCUCCUGUGGGCACCCCCACACUCCUGUCUUCACCAAAGAUACAGAUGUCCCACCUACCUAUGCCCACUCACAACAGUGGCCAUAUCUCUCAGGUGCCUGUGAUCAAAAAAGAAGAACCCACGAUGACCAGCUGCUUGCCCAGCCGGCUGACCUUUCCCAUUUCACCCAGUGGUCAUCAUGCAGCAACUGUGGCCACCCAGGCUGCAGCAGCUCAGGCAGCAGCGGCUGUCCAGGCAGCAGCUCUGGAACAGCUCAGGGAGAAACUGGAAAGUGGUGAACCACCAGAGAAGAAAAUGAUGAUGGUGGCAGAAGAGCAGCAGAGGAUCAUGCAGCAUACCUUCCAGCAAAACCUGCUGGCGAUGGCCACUCAGUUACCCCUCAGCAUCAAACUCAACAACAGAGAUGAUAGACAAGAGACCGCAUUGAACCUGUCUACCAACGGCAUUAGCAGCAUCAACAUGUCAAUAGAAAUAAAUGGAGUUGUCUACACAGGCAUCCUGUUUGCUCGGCAGUCAGCCAUAGCAGGGAUGACGGGACACCGUGGGAAACACAGCAGCUGUCAGACUCAGGGAAAGACCAGUCCUACACACUUCCAGCCCUCCUCUUCCUCCUCCUCCUCAUCAUCCUCUUCUUCUUCACUUCAUGGACAGAGAUGCUCCUCCCCUUGAAUUCCCUGUUCCUCCUCACCACCCCUUGUCACCUCACCAAGGCGGAGACCAUUCCUCUUCUCAAAGACACAAAGCAGUUGGAGUUGUUUUUUGAUUGUGGCUUUCUCUCCAUCCAUUCAUUUUGGGUCUGCAAACAAACAGAUUGACAAGCAGCAAAUGAUUUACAGACUUGAUACUUUGGUAAGAGAUCUUCCUGUCCUCCUCAUUCCUCACUCUUCCUAUUCUGAAUUAGCAUUGUGUUUUGAGGACAUGUUCACAUUGUUUUUCAUAUCCUCAUAGACAUCUAUUCAGUGUGGAACAGUUUAAAACGGUCCCCCUUUAACUUAAGGUGCAACCUGGAUGAAGCCAAGCUAAGAUUUCCUCCUGUGAACCCCCACAAUUAAAAACAUGUAACUGAGCAGCAAGCUUUCAGCAACUAACAAUGGUUUUUUGACAGUAUUUAUGGGCUUUCUGACCGACCUCAGAAGCUCACUGCUUACAGCAUGAUACCAAAGAAGAAAAGAAUGCUGCUCCAACAUGUCCAGCAUUAAUGGUAAGCUUUAGCACUAUUCAUCCAGCCUGAAGAUUAGAGUAUGAAUACAAACAGACAAAGCAUAUCAGUGGAAAUCAUAUUGUUUUCUGUAGAAAGGAUAUUUAGACUACUUAGCAGUGCCAUAUGUGAAGCUCAGCUUUCCAUUGGACAGUUAGUUAAUUGUGUGUCAACACACAGUCACAACAAGGCUAGAAAGAAUGGUGCAUAUGUACAUCCACAAAGUAGCAAAGUGAAAUUGUAUUAUGUGAAUUUAUGUGGUUUACUACUCUCUUCUCUUAAACAUGGUCAGUCUACUAAAAUUCAGCAGCUGGUGUUAACUUGUUACUAGGAUGAUGGAACCAAGCUUACUACAGUAUGUCCCAAUCCCGUACUGUAUGCUAGUAUGACUAUUAUCAUGAUCAGAUCACAUUUGUUAAGAGUCCUUCAGAAACCAACCAGUAUUACAGUGAAAUUCUGCUGUGCCCAAAGUUUGCUGUAUGUCAGUUAGUUUGUGGUCAUUUUAAUAAUCACAGCUCGAGAAGAAAAUGCACCACAUAAACAUGUGACAAUUAUAUGGUAAAACUACACAUUGAUCCAGAGUCCCUCUACCUGAAGGGCCCUUAAACAAUAAGGUUUUCCAGUGUGCUUUAGUGGUGCAUCAUAUAAACUGAAUGCAAAGUGACUUAAAUUCAAUUGAAUUGACUUCAAUGUGAAAUAAAUUUCUCAAAUUGCUCCAAGAUAGUUGACAUAUAUAUAACUUGGGGUUCCUUAGGAUCUGGGGCCCUGGGGAAAUUACAGCAUCUUAUCAGUUUACCAGAUGCUUUUUGGGUACUUUUUGUACAAUAUUUUAUAGGUUGUAGGGAGUAGUUUUGUGCAGUACUCACUUUUGUGUAUUGUACUCUGCAACAUAAAUACCACAUUCAAAAAACACUUUUUCACAAGAUGAGUUUAUAAUAUGAAUUUUGGAUACAGGUAUUAAGUUAUUAAGUGCUGAUCAGAUGUAUAGCCAUAGAUUAUUAUCCACUGUAACUUGUCCAGAUCAUGAGCUACACAGAGAAAUCUAACAAUUACUAGGGAUGAAAGAACCCUUUUCAGCCACACACACCGCUCUACAGAGUAUCAAAACGACAUGAUUAGUUACAACUAAUCAUGUCGUUUUGAUCUACUGAUAUAGCCGUGGUGCACAUGUAAAAUAGCAAAGGGCUGUUCACAGCUCCUGUAUAUGGAUGUCCAAUAUGACCAUUAGUAUUACAUUUCGUGGAAGCCCUUUAUUAUGGAAAACCACUUGGUAUUUCACUUAAUGGCAUGACGGAUUCCUUAUCUCAAGAACAUUUUUUGACCACAGAAUAAAUUAUUUGUUGAGUACGAAUCUCAAAGUAUGAAAACAAACUACACUAAAAAUAAACGUUUUAGUCCAGAUCACACAUAUUCUUUCUAGAGAAGUGUGUUUCUAUACAUUACAUUUUAAAACUUGUCUUCUCUGCCUUCAAGAGUGUAAAGUGAUAGCCUCCAGUUAAUUUGAUUUGAUGACAAUGAUUUUUCAGGUACAGCGUUUUCUUCAUUCAUUUGAGCAAAUGUUGCAGUCAGCAUUGCUCCACUAUUGUGGUUGUGGUCAGAAAUACUUACUUAAUCUCUACUGAGGCUGAGUGCGGUAUACCCUCAGCCUAUGUGAUUGCAUUGUUCUGUGAAGAAAUCUUCUGCAAUGCAUACUGGCAAAAGUCAGGACCAUUACCAUGUAGCAAAUGUUGAUGUUAACGUAAGACAGAAGCACAAAGCUUGUGAUGCUGGUGGAAAUACAGGCCAUGAAGCCGAGUGAAGAACUGAAUCAGGAAAGUCCUGAAAUGGCUUUGGAUUCCUAGAGAAGUGACUGACAGGAAAGAAUAGACCACUUCAGUCUGUAUGCAGCAGGUGAACAGACAUCAAAGGAGGUGACAGCAGGACACACAAAGAGAAAAAGUGAUUUGUCACACAGUGGUUUUAUAUUGUGCAUAGGAUCCAGGUUUCUGUUUUUAUUAAUGCACUUGUGUCUUACAUCAGAGAGCGUCUCCCUCUUUCAGUUCUGUAUUUUAUUGUUAUUUUCUCUAUUUUCAAAAGAUCUAUAUUUUCUUUGUUGUGAAGAAAAAUGGGAACCAGUUUGAAGAUAUAUGAGUUUUUAAUAUUUCUGUUAAAGCAUUUAACUGCAGAUUUUAUUUAUUGUGUUUUAUAUUUGAUCCUGCUAGUGUUGCAUUCAGCUUCACCACUUUGGAUGCAAAAUCUUACAAAGAGUCCUCUUGAACGCAGAUACCUCAUCGAUUUACUUGUAUAUAGUCAUAGUAUAUUAUGAAUACAAAAUAUACCUCAUAAAUUUAAUUUGUUUGUAUUGUACGUUCACUUGAAAUCAAUGUUUUGCUUUAACAGACCACUGGAUUUUUCCCCCCUUUUUUCAUAUUUUGUAUGAUUACACCAAAGAGGAGAAUAUUUUAUUGACACACAUCUACCUCAUCUGUUACAGACUGUGCCAAUCAGCAUGUCCACAAUCUUAAUUGCUUGUAUAUUCACAAUGUUUCAUAUCCAUGUAUUUUGUGAACACAAAAUGCUUUUCAGUGAAAAAAAAAAAAAAAAAACCCAAAAAAAACAAACCUGUAGAUUAUACGAAAGGUUUAGAAAUGUUGAAAGUACUUUUACAUUGGGUGUGGUGCUGACAACACAGCCUAGAGACAGCCAGCUGUCAAAAUGAAUCCAACCUGCAUAAAAACGUGAAUAGCUUGUAACAUUGAUUGGCCAUCACUUGUUAGUUUUUUCUUGUUAGCAGUGGGGGUGGAGGAUGGUGGGGUGAGUCCAACGGUCUUAGAGUUAGAGAUUUCCUGCCAUAAAUUAAGUUUGAUUUAAUACACAGAAGUACAUAUAGCUGAUCAUAUAAAGAUAUUGACCUCAUGUGUUUGUGUGGUGAUGUUUUAGCAGAUUUCUCUGUUAGAUUCCAAGAUGCAGUUGAAAAGCUACCCAUGAGGGAACCUCUGAGUACUUACUGUCACUCAUACUGUUUCUAGAUUAGGACCCAACAGACAAACCAAUGAACCAAUGUAUUAGGCCACAUUAUCACCGAGUAUAUCAUUGGCUGACGGAACAAGAAAUGUCAAAGAUGUGUUUGAGGACAUUUAGAAAGAGUUUUCUAUUAGGAGUACAUUUCUGGUAGAGAAUAAACAGAAUUGCAGUUCUCAAUAUUCAGUCCUACUUGGUUUGACAAUUUCACUUGCUCCACAUCUUGUUUCAAAUAUUUCCCAUUCUCCUGGGAAUCUUAGAGAUUUUUCUGACCCACAAAACUUAAACUCUCUAGCAACACACUUCGGUGCACAAAAUCAUAUCAAUGGGUAGGCCAAGAUUAAUUUAUUGUACAUAUUCAUAUUCUUGGAACAUGAAUGAAUUAAUAUAAUAAGUUUGGUUUUUAAUGACCUUUUUUAAUGCAACCAUCAAGCAACAGAAAGAGACAAACAUUUGUAGUUUGAAUACUGAUAAAACAUCAGAGAACAGCCUGUUUGUGUGCUUUUGGUUGUCUGCCUCACUGUGCAGGAUUAUUCAUGCAGAUUGCUCUCAGUUGAUUUAAAAUGCCACAAGUAGUUCAGUUUCGUGAUGACUGUGUAAUUUUUAAGGUUGUGUACUGUUCAAGCCAAUGAUAUAUUGUGAGUGUAUGUAUAGAUUGUAAUGUUGAAAUUGUACAAACGCAAUCGUGCAGCAGAGGACAAUCGUCAGCCAAUAAGAUGAGCUGACCUAUCAACUGUUAGUUGAGCUGUUAAAAGUGGUUGUGCUGUUCGUGUGUUCACUUAAAAUGUGUUCUUUAGCAAUCAGACAGUUGUGCAGAUAGAUGCAGCAAAGGUCCAAAAACGAAAGUCCUUUUUACACAUGCACUUAAUGUUUCAUCUUUGAUUACUGAAAAUGAUAUACAUAUUAAUAGACUUUUGUUAAAGUAGCUGGACUAGAUAGACCUCCCUAGUUUGAAAAAAUAUGGAGCAUUGUUCCAGCCCUAUUGAUGUUUAUGUUGUCCUUACAGAGCUCGGUCACUUCAGACCUCAGAUAACCACAUUUAUCUUUCUCAGACAUUUACACAUAUUUAUCCUACAUUAACAGGGUUGCUAAUUGGGAGAAGUUAUUUUAGGUACAGAGGGCCCUGGAAGUACGUCCAGUACUUUUUCUCUGAUGAUGUUUGAUAUAUCUCAGUGGAAGCUCAUCAAGACACAAAAGUCUGUCAAUAUCCAGUCUUUUCUUAAUUCUGACUAUACCCAGUACGUUUUUUUAAACCACUACCCUAUUUAAAAUGAAGAUGACAAUUAUUAAUAGUUUUGGUACAGUUUGGGAAGGCACUGACAAAAAUGCCCAUAAGGGUAUAAGGGUAAGAAAAUUACUUAAAAAGACAGUUUUGGCUGACAGUGACAAAUUAUCUGUUUUUAAAUGUAGCUUCAAAAAAAUGUGAAAUUUGCACCUCUGAUUACUCCAUAGCAACAGCUCCUGAGGCCCAAGGGUGCUUUAGUCUUUAUGUCCACCUACCAACCAAACUGUCAUACAAAGUUGCUGUAAUUUCAACUGAUGGCCAUAAUACCAACCUGAAGGCCCAUUAAAUUGUCCAGAAAGCUCUGCUGUUCCUGUGUUGUCAGCAAUGAGGAGAUCAUCGAAAGAAAGCUGGGGAUAGAUUACUUCCUGAACUGGCUGCUUCUCCCACUUCACAACUCUGUAGCACACACUUUAUAAAGAGUGUCACGUGGGUGAUUCUGGAGUAAUGUUUUUGAUUCAGUUCAUCAUUUGCCAUGCUGGUAAAUUCUAACAACCUCACUAGCAGCAGGCAAUUUUCUUAGAGAUUUUUAAGGUGUCAAAUAGUAGAUGUCUGAAGUACGAAAAUCAUGACUUUUACCAAAAAACGUGUCUUCCACCACUGUCUCUAAUAGCAUCAGGUAAGGACAGAAAGACCCAAAUGCUGGAUAGCAUAGGCAGGUAGUCCAUCAUCCAUCUCAGUUUUUUUUUUUAAAUCCCUUUACAAAAAUGUCAGGUUCAUGCUCAGAAGUUGUCAUUACAUUUUUGCAACAGUGAAAAUUAGGUUUGUGGCUAACUUGGGAUGGACUUCUUCCAUUUAUCAGUUAUACAUACUCACAGGGAGGUCUAUCACAACUGACACUGGGCAAGAGGUAAAGUACACCCUGGACAGAUCAACAGUCGACUGUAGAGCAAAAACAUUCACAUGCAUGUCCACGCAAAGAACAUGCUGCAAGCAGUAAAAUCACAGCAAACCUGCCACACAUUUCCCAUAAAGUCAGAAGUUCACCACAAGUUUGUCACAAAUGUAAUGUACAUAUAAAAAUGUGAUCUUGCUGCAAAUUUGCAACAACGCUGCCAUGGUUAACACAAAGGUAACCAUGGCAGGCUGUUGUUGACUAUGGCAAGCAUAAACUGCAAUUUUUUUUACCAUUGGGUUACUAUAAGUUAAGCACUACUGGCAAACUUUGGUGACAAAUUACAUGUUUUCCAGGCAAAUUUCUCAAUACAAAACACAAGGAAAAGAAGGACGGUCAAAUCACUGAUAGUGUAAACACUGUCUGGUAACUGAGUAGUAUGCUGCUAAGAGUAUAUAUACAGAGAUGAUCGAUUGGAGGAUUGAACUCAGGUGUUACACAAAACUAGCCAGAAACUAACAAAGGCAGGAAGUAAGACAGCCUGGAGUGCAUGAAGGUGAGUAAUUACAAAAUAAAAACAGAAGAACGAUUAACUGAAGUCCGUGCAGAUAAUCACAGAAUCAAUACAAACAAAUAUUCAGUCAGUGAGUGAGGAAGCAAGCUUUGAUUUUGUGUUUAAUUACUGUACAAACUUAAAUGGAAGAGAACUUUCUUUGUCAGUGUAUAUAUUGUGUUGUUUUUUUUCUUAACACAUGCCUAACCAAACCUUUUCACCUUUGAAGUUGCUAAGGAGUUUGCCUCCUACCUAAUGAGUUUAUUUGUUUGUUUGUUUGUUUGUUUGUUUUUAAUUCACUAUAAUGGGAAAUUUUACAAAGCUGAAAUUCUGAAAUUUCUGUGAGACUGCUAUUGAGGAUUAUGUAGAAUGAUGACUAUGGUCCAUUCAAGACAGGAUAUAUUUUCUGCUUUCAUGGUCCAUGUGUUCCUGAUAAGGCAGCCCAGUCUCAGCGUAACUGUCUCUUUCUUAGCCCCUCCUCCUGCACUAAAUGAGGCCAAUCUCUGAACACUUCACGUAACAUGCAUGGGAUCACUAGCAUUCUUCUCACCAAAGAGCUUUUCUAGCUGUGACCACACACUUCAUUUCUAGGUCAUAAUCAAUUACAGAUCAAAAUAAGCAAAAUAAAGGUGACAGGUCUAAAUGGAAAAAAAAAUGAAAUGACUUAUGUAAUCAAACAUGUGUUUACUUUGUAUUUUGGUUAUGCUAUGCUGGUAGAUUUUAGACACUAAUUGCUUUAUUAGCUGUGUAUGAAGCUGUAGAUGUUUCUUUUAUUUCCCUUUUGUUGGAUGAAUCCAGUGCAUUAUGGGAAUGCUGGAUUGUGGUGCUCAGGGGUUCACAAUGUACAGAAAAAGAGAUGAAAGAGGUGUUUUGCCAUUUGACUUGUAGCGUAUUUAGAAAUAAAAUCAUGCUUUUAAUUUAA